CUCGCGGCUAGUGUGGAGGCUGUCCACUGGAGAGUGCGUGGGUAAGCAAAGCAGGUUCUAGCGUGACUGUUUGGGGUUAGGAUGAAAGAUUCUUUGACCCUCUUGGCUCGCAUCCCGGCACACCCAGAUUCCCGAUGCUGGUUUCUAGCCUGGAAUCCUACAGGGACUCUCUUAGCUUCCUGUGGUGGGGAUCGGAGCAUCCGUAUAUGGGGCAAGGAAGGCGACGCCUGGGUGUGCAAAUCAGUGCUGGGUGAGGGGCACCAGAGGACCAUCCGCAAGGUGGCCUGGUCCCCCUGUGGGAACUACCUGGCUUCAGCCAGCUUUGACGCUACUACCUGCAUCUGGAAGAAGAACCAAGAGGAUUUCGAGUGUGUAGCUACUCUCGAGGGCCACGAAAAUGAGGUGAAGUCUGUGGCUUGGGCCCCAUCAGGCAGUCUCAUUGCCACCUGCAGCCGAGACAAGAGCGUCUGGGUUUGGGAAGUGGAUGAAGAGGAUGAGUAUGAGUGCAUGAGUGUCCUGAACUCCCACACGCAGGAUGUCAAACAUGUCAUCUGGCAUCCCAACCAAGAGCUGCUAGCAUCGGCCAGUUAUGAUGACACAGUGAAACUGUACCGGGAGGAGGAGGAUGACUGGGUGUGCUUCACCACACUGGAGGGCCACGAAUCCACUGUGUGGAGCUUGGCCUUUGACCUGAGCGGAGAGCGCCUGGCCUCUUGCAGUGAUGACAAGACAGUGCGUAUUUGGCGCCAGUAUAAACCAGGCAACGAGCAAGGUGUAAUCUGCAGUAGCACCGAUCCCACGUGGAAGUGUGUCUGUACGCUGUCUGGUUUCCACACAAGAACCAUCUACGAUGUGGCAUGGUGCUACUUGACAGGAGCCCUAGCUACUGCCUGUGGAGAUGAUGCAGUCAGAGUGUUUGAGGAAGAGCCGCUCUCGGACCCCCAACAACCUAUCUUCACAUUGACCGCCCACAUGGCCAGGGCCCACUCUCAGGAUGUGAACUGUGUGGCCUGGAAUCCUAAGGAGCCUGGGCUCCUGGCAUCCUGCAGCGAUGACGGGGAAAUGGCCUUCUGGAAAUACCAGCGCCCUGAGGCUUAGUGAAGCGUAACAGUGUUUCCCUGUGCCACAUGACAGUAGUGUAGUCCUUUCUGCUACUGUUUCUAAGACUAUUAGCAGUGCCACAUUCAGAGGCAGCAAGCUGGGUCAAAUCCUCUCACAGUACAGGCAAAUAAGAAGACAGAUCAUGUAACUAAAGCUUGCUCUGAAUGGUUCCCCUUAUCCUCCAAGACAGUGAGGUAGCAGCUCUCUCAGGAAUCAUGCAUUAGGAACAGACCAUCUUUUAGCCAAAGGAGAGAAACCUUGAACUGGUUGCUGCCAGCUUCUCUUGUACAGAUUUGACACUGUUGCCCUGCUGGUCAUAGUGGGCUUACUGCUGAACACUGCCCCCCCCUCCCGGAUUUUAUUUGCUACGAAUCCUGUAAAUGCCUGGUUGACGGGUUCUCCUUUUUUGCACUGUAACUGUGCUAAUUUCUACUAGUAUAUUGUACAUUUAAAAUGUAUUGUUGCAUGGGGUGGUGGUAGCAGAAUGCACAAAUGCAGAGUGAAAGGACAUUUAGUGACAUGACAUUUCAUGCAAAACAAGUAAAA